AUGGCGGCCUGUCGGUAUCACGAAAUCAGAGGUUCAACCCGGAGCAAACAGCCACCCAUUCCUCGCCAUCCAACCUGGGAUGCCGAAGUUAGAGCGUUGUUUAGUGAGCCAUACUGGACAUCAAUCGACUCCGAUCCUAAGUCCGUUGGGGCCCAUUGGAUAUCCCAGAUGCAAGAGUACAGUCCCUCCCGCCCUGCACACAUGCAUCUUGAUCUUUCGAGUAUGGAGUCUGUCCAACAAAACAUCCUUACCAUUUAUCAACAUCUACGCUCUCGCUCCAUGCCAAUCACGAAAAACCAAAACCACUAUUGGCCCGACGAAGCUUUGGAGACUUUACGCCUAUGGGCAAAUCAAGGCUUUAGACGCUCGUUCGCCGAUCCGAUCCAAUAUCAGGAACUGAUAAAAGCUCCAAAUCAUACGCAAAUAAAUACAAGGGUCAGGAAAGACAUCUUCAGUCUCAGUCCAUCUGAAAUUCAGGCAUACCGCGAAAAGUUGGAUGAUGUACUUCAAGUCGGAUUGAAGGAUUCUAAAUGGCAGGAGCUGGGAUUGCUGCAUGCUGAAUGGUGCUUGCACUACCAGGAGGCUUUCGUUUUCUGGCACCGAGCUUAUCUGAUAUAUGUGGAGGAGCUUAUUGACUUCCCUAUUCCUUACUGGAAUGGCUUUGCAGUCGGAACAGGAGACCCAAGUUCACCUUACGCCGGUCUGCCAUCGAUCUUCUUAGAUGAUGUCUAUACCCAUUCAAAUGGAGAGCAACGCAAAAAUCCCUUGAAGUACGCACUUUCUCUAAAUGGAAAGAACAGGUUAGGCACUUCUGAGUACGUCGAACGCUCUCCAGAGCUUGUUGAGGGUCGCAGCAAUCCUUUAUGGUCAAAGAAGAUUCAUCUCUUCAACCAGUAUCAGCAGCAAAUCGCGCAUGCUUUUGCCCAGCCGGAAUUCUCUUUGCAAGAGGCUCAUGGAUAUCCCUGGGCUAAUAUACCAGACUUUUCAGAAAACCAGCCGGAUAAUCUUUAUCCUGAAGCCAGCCGCAAAUUCUUCGACGGUCUAUUUGAGCAAGUGCAUGAUAACUUUCACGGCUGGAUAGGACCCGACAUGGCCGACAAUUCCUAUACAGCAUUCGAUCCCAUUUUUCUCAGCUACCAUGCAAACAUGGACCGUAUUGCUGAGAUGUAUCUUCGGAUUAAUCCUGCACGCCAAUUCUCAUCCAACUUUCCUCUUCGUCCUUUUGUUGACAAUGGAACGGGGUUGGAAUAUGAUGACCCUCGCGAAUACGUCUACACAACUCUAGGCGACAUGGCAAAACAGACUCCCGCCUUGAAGUAUCGUUACGCGUUGCCAUCAGUUCCCGACUUUCUCCCGAUUUCUCAAUUGCGCUUUGAAACAGCAGCUGUGUCACAAGGUGGCACAGCUUUUUCAUUGUCAACAAUCAAGCCCUUGAGCACAACAGAUGCAUGCCAGGGACAUGAAACCGUUCCAUACAUCGUGUUUUCUUCCGUUUCCUGUCUCAAACGGUCCUUUGUGAUUGAUGUUUUUGUCAGUGGUGCUGAAAGCUUGGAGUUAGAUCCAAUUCGCAAUCCCGAUUACAUUGGAAGCAUUACGAGACUAGUGGCUAGUGACAAUGCUUCAGAGGCUGGCACCUCUCAGGACGAUAGUGGUGAGACUGAGAUAAUAUCAAAUGAUAUACGCGACGAAACUCUCCCCCCAGCCCCGAUCUACAACGGUCGGCUUCAGGAUGGACUGAAAGAUGUUAAACACCACUUAGCCAGUCUUGCCAGCACGAUGCACGUUUCGGAGUUGACACAAGAUCAAUCGACGAGCCUACACACGCUAUGGAAGCGUACCGAAAAGAUGAGCAAAUUUGAAUAUCCAGAGACACGAACUGUGGGAUUCAUCGGAGACUCUGGAGUCGGCAAGAGUUCCUUAAUCAACUCACUUCUCGACCAGAAAAUCGCACGAUCCAGCAGGGAGGGUGCUGCCUGCACCUAUGUGGUGACAGAGUUCCGCCACACUAAUGACGAUCACACCGGUCCAUUCACCAUCGAAGCAGAAUUUAUGAACCCAGAGGAAAUGAGAGAGUUACUUGAGCAUCUCCUGCUGGACUUCAGACAGUUCUACGUCCGUUCGCUAUAUAGGGAGCUUCAGACGAGCGAUGAACAACGAAAAUGCCAAGACGCAGCUGCUAAAGCAUGGGAAACACUUCAAUCGCUAUUCAAAACUCAACCAAGACUUACAAUUGAGUUCUUAUCAAAUGAGGCUGAUGGCGCACGCUUUGAUCUCCUUGCGCAGUUAGAGCGAUGGGCAUACGCCGGCUUAACAUACCGACAGGGCGGGUCUGAUGCACUCGAAUACUCAGUCAUUGCCGGUGACAUUGAAGAAUGUAAAUCUAUUCUGGACCAGCUUGCUGCUGAUGAUCCAGGGAACGGUGGCCCCGCACUGUGGCCCUUUAUCAAGUUGAUUAGGGUAUACCUCAGUUCGCCUAUUUUGAGAACCGGUUUGGUUUUGACUGAUUUGCCGGGUCUCCGAGAUCUUAACUUUGCAAGAGUGCGAGCAACUGAAAGAUAUCUUGCUCAUCAAUGCGAUGAGGUCUUUAUUGUGGCAAAUAUUUCACGAGCUGGAUCCGACGAGUCUGUGGGAGACAUCAUGAGAAGAUGUAAAAGGGAUCAGCCACGAAGAAUCAUUUGCACGAAUUCAGAAAAUGUUUCAGCCGAAGAGGCCUCCCGUGAGGAGGGGCCAGACGGACGGCGUGUCCGGGAAAUGAACAAGGAAGUCGAAAAAGUCAAGGCCCGACACAUAAAGGCUAAGUCGCAAAGAAUGAAAUCGGAGGGCGAUGAUCGGCUCAAAUGGGGACUCGAAGAGUUGGAGCUCAGCGUCACACGUUUCUUGAUCAAUCGGCGAAACCUCAAUGUUUCACGCGAGCUUGCCAGAAGGUAUGAAGGCGUCAGAGUAUUCUGUGUUGGCAAUGAACUAUACUCUGAGCUUCGGGCCGGCGAUCCGACCCAGGCAGAUAGAUACCUCGACCUGACUGGUAUACGAGAGCUCCGCCGCUAUUGUCAGCUAGUCCCAGCGGAAGCUCAAAUGCGUGCAACAACUGCGUUCCUGGAGGACGAAGUCCCGGCGAUGAUGGGCUCUAUUCGCCAAUGGGCGUUGUCUGGGACAGAUCCUGUCACUGCAGAAAAGGCUGCCGCCCUCCGCCGUGUUCUAAAUCAGUCUCAAGAGGCUCUUCGUCGGGAUUUUCAAUCAUCGCAGGCACAUGUUUCCUGCAUGUUUCAAACCUUGAAAGUGCUCUUUCAUACUUCCAUUAUCCCAUGUAUCGAGAAUUCUCGCGCGCAGUGGAAAGAGAAAAGCCUCGAAGUCAGUCGGCAGUGGAUAGGGUGGCACGUACACUCAUACGCUGUAUUCUGUCUCCACUAUGGGUCCUGGAGUACCGAGUCACAUCCAAAUGAACGCCCCUGGAACGAGCAAUUCGUGCAGCAAAGCUACGAAGACUUGGAUCCCGUAUGGGAAAGAAUACUGGAAUGGCUGGAGUCGCAAAUUGAAACUCUGCCUGGGCAGGUCAACAUGUCAUUUGAAAGGCUGCUUCAGGAUAUCCAUGGGCAUCAGCAUCUUGCACCCCACGCCCUGCAAAACAUCCUUCUCAGCAUGCGGCAUAGACGAGAGACUAUCAACACACACAUCAAGAAUGAGAUCCAAAGGUUUAUCUCGAGAACGCAAAAUACAAAGCGAGACAUGCUAGAGCACCACACCGAUUCAUUCAUCUCCAUUCUCAUGAAGCCAGCCUACAUCGCCUGUAACCAGGAGUCAGGGCCAGGCUGUGAUAAACGCCGAAAGAAUCACAUGGAUGACCAUUUGAGAAAUUCCAGGCUCUUUUCCAAAUACUCUGCGCAUGCUAAAGACGUCUACGAACGGGUCAUGACUGAAAGCUUUAAAUCACUGCAGGAAGAAAUUGAUAAGCAGGUAGAAGGCAUUAUGAUAGAUUUCCACGCCGUGGUGGCGGAUGAAGGAGAAAUACCGGAGGCGGAACGGGCACCUGCAUUGGCAAAUGAACUGAGAUCUCUGCUCCAGAAUGGACAGGCUACUGUUGACAGUGCUCAAAGAAUUGCGCAAGAGCUCAAUGGCUCCCAUGGCUAA